CCGGGUGAUGGGCGCCCAUCACCACCACCACCAUCCCCACGCACCUUGAAGGAACCGGUCUUUUGGAAGAGCUCGCACUUAAAGAGCAGCCUCCGGCCGGCCAGGCGGUCCAAGGCGGUGCAGAAAACAUGAAGGAAGUGAAGGAGCCGAGGCACCGCAAAGACAACAGGCGCCCAGACCUGGAGAUCUACAAGCCUGGGCUCUCCCGCCUCAGGAACAAGCUUGUGCCACCAAAGCCUGUGGCCUCGGAGAAGGAGAGGAGCAGAGAUGAGGAGAGCAAGGAGGAGACUCCCACUGACAAGGGAGGGGGGGCUCCAGUCAUGGAGGAUUUCCCUAAAGGCGAUGGCCCGAAGCAGAAUGGUCCUUUGCAGGAGAAUGAAGAGACUAAAGGUGGUCUGCAGAGCCCGGAGACCUUGUCCAAGCAGCCAGCCUCGGAUGAGUGGUGUCCCAAAGCCACCAGGAGAACCAAGAAACCAGACCAGCAGAUCUACCAGCCUGGGAAACGCCUGCAUUCAGCUGCUAAAGAGCCAUCCCCACGGUCAGCUGCUGAGGAAGUCACCAGUAAGAUGGAGCAGUUGAAGGUUGAGAGGGAUGAAGAGACUGAGAAAGGUACCGGAAAAGACAACAGCAGGAAACCCAAAUCAAACAAGGAGGAUAGAGAGGGGAGCCAGGCGGGGGAAGGAGUGAAAGCCUUAAGGGGAGAAAAAGGAAGACGACUGGAGCGAGGUGACAGGAUGAGGAGAGCAAAUGAGGAGGGGAAGCUGGGCUGCACCAAGCGGUAUUCCCGCUCUGACAAGCGCCGCAGCCGGUACCGCACCUGCAGCACGAGCUCAGCUGGAAGCAACAACAGUGUAGAUGGAGCCCCGCUCGUGGAUGGGGUGGAGAGGCACCAGCAGCGUGCCAGGGAGAGGCUACGUCCCAGGAAGCAGCUCUCUGCAUCCUCCACUGACUCCCUGGAUGAUGACAGAAUCGAUGAGGCAGAAGCGUAUGGCUCCAGCAGGAAUCCAGACAAGAAGAGGCAUCCAGAGCAGAGUCGAGCUUCUAGGAGUGAGAGUGAGUGGAGCAGCAACGGCAGGGAAGUGAAGGGAUCCUUUCGAGUCACGUUUGACAGCAGGACAAUGAGCAGGGAUGUCAGCCUGGCAGACACAGAGAAAAAAAAGCCCCUGAAGGCAUUUGGGAGUUGCAAAGACUCAGAGGCUCCGGAUGCGAGGAGCCAGAGCAGAGAGCCCCAGGGGAGAGGCCGUGGGAUCCUGUUCCUGCCUGCCAACACCGACCUCUCUGCCAGCACCACGGGCUCCCCAGAAUCCAUUCACCCCGGGCCCAGGCUGCUGCUCGGUGGGGCUGGGAGCAAAGGCCCCCGCAGCAGGGGCCGGGGAGGGACCAUUCGCAGGCUGUGGGACCCGAAUAACCCGGACCAAAAACCCGCCCUGAAAAGCCAGACUGCUCAGCUCCACUUCCUGGACACGGACGAUGAAGUGAGCCCCACCUCCUGGGGGGAAGCUCGCCAGGCCCAGACCUCCUACUAUAAGUUCCAAAACUCUGACAAUCCCUACUAUUACCCUCGUGCCUCCGGUCAAGGCCCCCAGUAUCCCUAUGGUGGGUACUCCCUGCAGUAUCCCAUGGGUCCAAGCAAUGGUGUGUACCCAGGAGCCUACUACCCUGGUUACCCCGGCCAGGCAGGGCAGUACAUGUGUGGCCCACUGCCCCCAAGUCCUCUGAGCCCAGAAAUGGAGCAGCAGAUGAGGAACAUGCAGCAGCAGGAGCUGAGCAAACUCCUCCGUGAGGCUGGGAACCAGGAGCAGCAGCUCAGCAACCUGCUUUCCAGAGACCGCAUCAGCCCCGAGGGGCUGGAGAAGAUGGCCCAGCUGAGGGUGGAGAUGCUGCAGCUGUAUGAAAGGUGCAUCCUGAUGGAUAUUGAGUUCUCUGACACCCAGAACGUGGACCAGCUGCUGUGGAAGAAUGCCUUUUACCAAGUGAUUGAGAAAUUCCGACAGCUCCUCAAGGAUCCUCAGGGGGAAAAUGCCCAAGAGAUUCGGAACAAGCUGCUCCAGCUUCUAGAUGAGGGCACUUCUUUUUUUGAUGGCCUGCUCCAGAAGCUGCAGGUGUCCUACCAGUUCAAGCUGGAGGACUACAUGGAUGGGAUGGCCAUCCGCAGCAAGCCCCUGAGGAAAAUGGUGAAGUACGCGCUGAUCAGUGCUCAGAGGUGUAUGAUUUGCCAAGGGGACAUCUGCAGAUACAGGGAACAAGCAAACGACACCGCCAACUACGGGAAGGCGCGCAGCUGGUACCUGAAGGCUCAGCAGAUUGCUCCCAAGAACGGCCGCCCGUACAACCAGCUGGCACUGCUGGCCAUCUACACGAGGAGAAAGCUGGAUGCUGUCUACUACUACAUGCGCAGCCUGGCUGCGAGCAACCCCAUCCUGACAGCCAAGGAGAGCCUCAUGAGCCUGUUUGAAGAGACCAAGCGUAAGGCUGAGCAGAUGGAGCAGAGGAAACAUCAGGUGCUGGAUGUGAGCCCCAGCCGGCGGGGAAAGGGCAAGAAGUCCACCCUGAGACAAGUUGGAGAUGAUGCCACACGGCUGGAGAUCUGGAUCCAUCCUUCCCACCCCCGCUGCUCCCAGGGCAACGAAUCCGGCCGGGAUUCUGAGCAGGACAAUGGUCUUGGGAACCUCAGCCCCAGCGACCUGAACAAAAGGUUCAUCCUCAGUUUUCUCCAUGCCCAUGGGAAGCUGUUUACCAGGAUUGGGAUGGAGACGUUCCCUGCGGUGGCUGAGGAGGUGCUGAGGGAGUUCCAGGUCCUGCUGCACCACAGCCCCCCUCCCAUCGGAAGCACCCGCAUGCUCCAGCUUGUGGCCAUCAACAUGUUUGCAGUGUACAACUCCCAGCCCAAAGCCCUGUGCAGCGUUGCAUGUACCUCAGGAGUUUUGCUGGUGUGGUUGAUGUGGGGCUAUGAGAGACCAAGAAACAGAUCCAGCCUAAGAAAGCUCCGUGCUGUGACCACAGUGUGGUUCCAUGGGCUGUAUGUUGGUGCAGGAGGUGGUGGUGCAGCAUAUGAGGGGUGGCUGCGCAGGCGGGAGCUGGGGGGUGACGUGGUGACAGGAGCUGUUGAGCUGAUGCCGGCGUUAACAGGACGUGUCUGCCCCGUUGCAAGGAGAGAAGAGUGUGUCUCUGAAGACUGCCGCUCUGUCAUCCAGGAACAGGCCGCAGCCCUGGGGCUCUCCAUGUUUGCACUCCUGGUGAGGAGGUGCACCAGCCUGCUGAGGGAAUGCCUGCCAGUUCAGCCACGAGAGGUGGAGCAGGAGGAUGAGGAGGACGACAUCAAAGUCUCUGCCUUGCCCCAGGACCUGAAGGAGCUGCUCCCCAGUGUGAAGGUCUGGUCGGACUGGAUGCUCGGCCACCCGGACACAUGGAAUCCUCCUCCGACCUCUCUCGAGCUCCCCAAACAGGUCUCAGUAGAUGUGUGGGCGACGCUGGCUGACUUCUGUAACAUACUGACCACAGUGAAUCAGUCGGAGGUGCCCCUGUACAAGGACCCAGAUGACGACCUUGCCCUGCUAAGCCUGGAAGAGGAUCGGCUGCUCUCGGGCUUCGUUCCCCUGCUGGUUGCCCCCCAGGAGCCCUGCUACGUGGAGAGGACCUCGGACAAGGUUAUUGCAGCCGACUGCAAGAGGGUCACAGUUCUGAAGUAUUUCCUGGAAGCCCUUUGUGGACAAGAAGAGCCUUUGCUGGCAUUCAAGGGUGGAAAAUAUGUGUCAGUGGCACCCGUCCCAGACGCCAUGGGAAAGGAAAUGGGAAGCCAAGAGGGAAAACAACUGGAAGAUCAGAAGGAAGAUGAUGUGAGGAUUGAGGCAUUUGAAGAUGAUUCUGAGGCUGAAGGCAGUGGAGGAGAGAUGGACAUCAAGGAGCUCAGAGCCAAGAAACAAGCCCUGGCAAGGAAAGUAGCUGAGCAGCAGCGUCGUCAAGACAAGAUUCAGGCUGUGCUGAAAGACCAGAGUCAAAUGAGGCAGAUGGAGCUGGAGAUAAGACCUGUCUUCUUGGUCCCAGACACCAACGGUUUCAUCGACCACCUCAGCAGCUUGAUAACGCUGCUGGACUGCAGGAAGUUCAUCCUGGUGGUGCCCCUCAUCGUGAUAAACGAGCUGGAUGGCCUGGCCAAGGGCCCGGAGAUGGAGCACCGGGCUGCAGGCUAUGCCCGCCAAGUGCAGGAGAGAGCCAGGAAGUCCAUCGAGUUCCUGGAGGAGAGAUUUGAGAGCCGGGACAACUGCUUGAGGGCUCUGACUAGCCGAGGCAACGAGCUGGAGUCCAUCUCCUUCCGCAGUGAAGACACCACUGGCCAGCAGGGAAACAAUGACGACCUGAUUCUGUCCUGCUGCCUCCACUAUUGCAAUGACAAGGCCAAGGAUUUCAUGCCCUCCAACAAAGAUGAUCCCAUCCAUUUGCUCAGGGAAGUGGUUUUGCUGACGGACGACCGGAACCUACGAGUCAAAGCGUUGACCCGCAACGUGCCGGUGCGGGACAUUCCCACCUUCCUCAAGUGGGCUCAGGAGGGCUGAAAGGGGCCGAGCAGCCCCUGAGCAAGUCACGCAGCCUGUGAACGGUGGGAGACCGGCUUCAGCGGCAGCACCUCGCCACCGCCUUCCAGCCCACCACGAACAAUACACGCCACGUCUUCAACCCACCCCAGAAUGGCCAAGCUGAGAAGGGGGUUCCCCCCUCUAAGGGCAGACCAGCCAGGAAGGUCAUUGCUGUGGAUGGUUCACGUGGAGGCUCUGGGACGUUCAGGGUCCCACCAGCCUUUGGGCAGUGCCAGAGUGGAGCUGGUGAGCCCCGCUGGCGAGGGAAGCUUUGGGUGAGCCCCGGAUCACCAGCCUUCUGCUUAGUUUGCUUGGUUGCAGAGAGCUCGAGUCACGAGUUGGUGGCUCUUUGGGUUGGUAGGCUGCAUAGGGCAGAGACCAGGGACACACCAGCGCAGACUUUGGGAUUGCUUAGUCUAGCUUGUGCCCCUUGGAGAGGCCGUGGACAUCAAGGGCGGGUUCCCUCCUGCCCCAGCCUGUUCGUCCUGUGUGGCCCAGGCAGCCCCUUCCCCACCCUGCGCCCGCCCCACGCAUGGGGUGCUGUUUGUGGAGGUGUUUGUCCUCUCCCUGCUGCAGGGUUUGCUUGUUGAGUUUCAUUUCUUUCAGUAUAGGUUAGUUUUCAGGUGUAUGCCCUGCCUGCUUUGCUGGGGGGAGGCUUCAAACACCCCCAGACCCCCACAGCUGCUUUCUGUCCUGCGCCGUUGCCUACCCCAGCCAUUACCUGCCCGUUUCCUCCUCCCCAAACCCUUUAGUCGCAUCCCUUUAGACAUGUUUUUGACCUAAGACUCAGCGUGAGGCUAACAGAAUUCUCCAAGGACCCCAGAACCAGCUGUCCCACAAGUCCCAUGUGUCCUUUUGUUGCCACGGGCUCAUCUUUAUGUGUGGGACCCUGCUUCUGCUGGAGAGAUCUGCGGCUGGGAGGGUCCCCUUUUGAGUUGCCCGUUCACCAUGGAUGGAGCUGUGAAGGGACCCCACUGCCUCAUCACUGGGUUAAACUACAGUGCUGGGGUGCUGCUGAGCCCCCACCACCACAUUGUCCCAUCAGCAAGUGUCCCAUCCUCAGCCCAGUUACACGCCAGAUACAGAAGCUAAGAGGGAGCAUUAACCCGCGAACCGGAGCCGCUGGAGCUCUGUCAAGCCCCAGUCCCACGAGCAGAGGGUGGGAGUGACCCUUCGGGGUGCCACGGCCGUGGGAUGAAGUGUCAGAGGUGGCAGAGGAAGCAGCAGGAUGGAGCCCAGCGUUUUCCUUCCCUGUGUGGGUGGCUCGGACCCGGUGUCCGCAUCAGGAAGCGCAGCGUUAUCCCUGCCCAAGCCUAGCCAGCGACGGGGACGAGGGUUGUGCUCACUAACCUGUGCUGUUCUUCACCCCAGCCUCGCUGCCCGUGAAGAAGGGUCUGUGCUGCAGGGCAGAGCCUGGUUGACAGAGACUUUGGGGUGCCCGUGCCUGCUGUGGGGUGCGCAGAAGCAGGCCCACAGCACACACAGCACCCACACCCCAGCACGGUGCCCAGCACCGGUUGUGAGCAGCACACAGACUUUGCCUUCUCCACCAUGCUGGGUGUGUUUAAAUAUUUGCUUUCUAACAGAGCUGCCCCAGGGCUGCUUUGCAAGGCCCUUCCCGGGGUACGCUGCAGUGACACUGACCACCGGCAAGAGGUCUGGGUGCCACCAGAUGAGCUGGCACAGCAGCCUGGGGCCAUCAGUGCCAGGCUGCUGCCCCGAGCCCCUGCGGGGAGCCCGUGUCCGGGGCAGCGUUCGGGUUGUUUUGGUAAGAUGGUUUUAAUCAUUUUUAGUAUUAAACAUUUCUCUGUGCAGCGCGGCCUCUCAUUUGCCAUCAGCGGGCGAGGUGCUGUUGGAGUUGGGGCAGGGGUGGCACUGGGGAGGGAUGGCAGCGGGACACGUUUGUGCUUCCAAAGACAACCACGGCUCUAUCCCACCUUCAUAUGCUGCUCCCCUCAACCAAGGCAAACCAGAUACACAGCAAAGCUCCUCACCUCCCCUCUGGGCAUCUCCGCACCCACCCAACACAGCCUGAACCCUGCCAUUGUCACCUCUCAGCACCGAUCAGGGUCCCGCCCCAGAGAAGGAUGAGGCCACGCACGUUUAAUGU